ACAUUAACACCACACCAAAAAGUCUCCUCUCCACUCCCCCCCCCCCCCCCUUUAUCCUGCACCCUCGACACUAUCCUACGCACCUCCUCCUCCGUCGAAAAAGCCACCACCACCACCAUGGGAAAAGGCGGCGCCCUAAGCGAUGGAGUCAUCAAGAAGAUCAUCCUCUCCUACACCUACGUCGCGAUCUGGAUCUUCCUCAGCUUCACCGUCAUCGUCUACAACAAGUACAUCCUCGACAAGAAGAUGUACAACUGGCCUUUCCCCAUCACUCUCACCAUGAUCCACAUGGCCUUCUGCUCCUCCCUCGCCGUCCUCCUCAUCAAGGUCUUCAAGGUCGUCGAGCCGGUGUCAAUGUCCCGCGAGACUUACCUCAGAUCCGUCGUCCCGAUCGGGGCCUUGUACUCGCUCUCCCUCUGGCUAUCGAACUCCGCCUACAUCUACCUCUCCGUCUCCUUCAUCCAGAUGCUCAAAGCCCUCAUGCCUGUCGCCGUUUACUCGAUCGGCGUCCUCUUGAAGAAGGAGUCGUUCAGAUCUGAGACGAUGACGAACAUGCUCUCGAUCUCGUUCGGAGUCGCGAUCGCUGCCUACGGAGAGGCCAAGUUCGAUACCUGGGGAGUGAUGCUUCAGCUUGGAGCCGUGGCCUUCGAGGCGACGAGGCUUGUUUUGAUUCAGAUCUUGCUAACCUCUAAAGGAAUCAAUCUCAAUCCGAUUACGUCUUUGUAUUACGUGGCGCCUUGUUGUUUGGGGUUUUUGUUUUUCCCUUGGAUCUUCGUUGAGUUGCCGAUUCUUAGGGAGACGUCGAGCUUUCAUUUCGAUUUCGUUGUGUUUGGGACGAACUCUGUGUGUGCCUUUGCGUUGAAUCUUGCUGUGUUUCUGUUGGUUGGGAAAACGUCGGCGUUGACUAUGAAUGUGGCUGGUGUGGUGAAGGAUUGGUUGCUGAUUGCGUUUUCGUGGUCUGUGAUUAAGGAUACGGUUACGCCGUUGAAUCUGUUUGGGUACGGGCUCGCGUUUUUGGGGGUGGCGUAUUACAAUCAUUGUAAGUUGCAGGCGUUGAAGGCUAAGGAGGCGCAGAAGAAGGUUCAGCAAGGUGGGGAUGAGGAAGCUGCUGGGAAGCUUUUGGAGGUUAGGGAGAGUGAAGGUGGUGGUAAGCGUGAUGAUGCUGAAGACUGAUGAUCAUUGGUUUGUGGAUCUGAUGGAUGUGUGGAAUGUUUCAGAGGAAUAAGAGCUGAAGGGUGGUUUGUUAGGAUGAUUUUGGUAGCUUUGGAGGGGAGUUUUUCAGCAGGGUUUUUGCGCAUCUUUCGGGUUCUCACUACUUUUGCUUAAUCAUCUCUGUUCUUUGAGUUUUUUUAGUUGCUAUGUUAUUUACCUAAGUUAUGGUUUAAUUACUAUUGGAUGCUACAAUGUCUUACAGUAUUAUCACACGAACCUUUGUGUUCUAUGGAUCUCUUUGUUAUUUUCUUUUCUUGCUUCUUUAUGAGUCUGUUGGUGACAGUUGUUUUAAGUAGUUUACUUUAUAAUUCAAGUUUGGUUCUUUGUUUA